AUAUUAAAAUGCUAAUAUAGUAGUACUUAUGGACAAGGACGAAAACAGAAAAUGGGUAAAGGAGAUUAAUACAAUAAUUUGAAUGGGGGCAAGAGAUUAAAGUAUGAAUUUGGUGAGAUCAAUCACUGAUAUAAUAAGAGUUGAAAUAUUGAAAAGUUGUGGCCUCUACCCGCUCCCUUUGUCUUCACCCCUUAUGGUAAAUGGAAGACCUGCUACUCGAGGAAGGAGAUAGAAUGGAGGAGGAGGUCUCAUUAGGAAGUUCUUUGUCACUGUUAGAAUGGGUUUCCAAGUUUCAGACCAUGGCUUGGGAAGGAUAUAAAAGCAAGCCAAUUUCGCAUUGGAUUCUUUUAUUUGUAAGCAGUUUGGGAAUGCUUGUGGCAUUUCCUGCUUCAAGCCUUCUAUCUCGUGUCUAUUAUGCUAAUGGGGGAAACAGCAAGUGGAUCAUUUCAUGGGUAGCCGUUGCCGGAUGGCCUAUUCCUGCUCUAAUCUUAUUUCCUACAUACCUCUUUUUUAAAACUGCCCCAACUCCUCUCAACUUAUAUCUCUUCCUUUCUUAUGUUUUUCUGGGGUUCUUAAGUGCUGCUGACAAUCUCAUGUACGCAUAUGCCUAUGCUUACCUCCCGGCAUCAACUGCAGCUCUUUUGGCAUCAUCAUCCCUAGUGUUUUCUGCACUGUUCGGUUUCUUGAUUGUGAAGAACAAACUGAAUGCUUCAAUUACUAAUGCUAUUGUGAUAAUAACUGCUGCUAUGACCAUGAUUGCAUUGGAUUCAGAUUCUGACAGGUAUGCCAGUGUCACUAACAGCCAAUAUAUUUGGGGUGUUGUAUGGGAUAUCCUGGGAUCAGCACUCCAUGGCCUUAUAUUUGCUCUUUCAGAGUUGGUUUUUGUGAAGUUGUUGGGCAGAAGGUCCUUCCAUGUUGUUUUGGAGCAACAAGUCAUGGUUUCUUUCUUUGCCUUUGUGUUUACUACUAUAGGGGUCAUAUUGAACAAGGAUUUCCAAGGAAUGGUAUCUGAGGCUAAAACUUUCAAAGGCGGGGAAACUGCAUACAAUCUGGUUCUUAUUUGGAGUGCAAUUACGUUUCAGUUGGGUGUGUUAGGAGGCACUGCUGUGCUUUUCUUGGCUUCCACUGUGAUGGCUGGGGUCCUUAAUGCAGUUAGGGUACCAAUCACAAGCAUUGCCGCUAUCAUACUGUUACAUGACCCCAUGAGCGGAUUCAAGAUCCUCUCUCUGGUAAUGACCUUUUGGGGAUUUGCCUCUUACAUCAAUGGCACUUCAGGUAGGAGUAAAUUAUCUUAAUGAUUAGUUUCUGUUGAAAAUUAUGUUGCCUCAUGAUUACAUGUAUACAUAUAUAUAUAUAUAUAUAUAUAUUUCUUUUUUAUUGAAGAACCAUCAAAUCGAUGCCCAAGGAAUUAGUAUAAAUGGCAUAUUUUUUUAAA